AUGGCUGGCUGUCUGGGACUGGCAGAUCACACAAAGGUCACGGUGAGGGCUCAACCCAAUGUCAAUCAAGCCGUGUCGGUACAGGUGGAGCCACUGACACCUGAUGAUUGGGAGAUAUUGGAGUUGCAUCAAGAGUAUCUUGAGGAACAGUUGCUCAAUCAAGUCAAUGUGCUGUUUCGCGAUCAGGUUGUACCUGUGUGGAUACAUCAUACCACGGUCAUUCGUCUCAAGAUCAUCGAUACAUCACCGUUCGAUCUAGUAAGACUCUCUCACGAUGCAGAGAUCAUUGUAGCACCCAAACCUCGACAAGUGGCUAGCACAUCUGGCAACAACAAUGCUGAAGCCCUAAAGCCUCGAUAUCUACUCGUUCAAGAAGUAAUCACUGCAACCUCCACUACUACUACCACUGAUAGUACACCUUUGAGUAAUGCACAACCUCCAACUUCAUCAUUCACAUCCGUUGUGUUUGUCUCCAAACAGGCACUACAAUCAUUCCAUUGGAAUGAAGGUGACAUUGUACAGAUCAGUAUAGAGCGUGGGUCAUCAUCGUCGGGUGAUGGGAACAAGACAGAUAAUGACGACAAUGAGACUGAUGACAAGGACAAUAUGUCAAUGCCAUCAUCUGGAAAGACAUCAUCGACGCUAUCAGUUGGCAGUGCAAAGUGUAUAUAUGCGAGUGUGUACACCAGCUCAAGCGUACGAUCCAACCAACAUGUGAUGGUCAGUCGCACAUUACGAGCCACUGCAUCAUUCCUUAUCAACACACAAGUGAAGGUGCGUCUGUUGCCUCGUCACACAUUGCCUCUAUGUCAAAUCAGCAACGUCACGAUAUCACAAGUGAUGUUCCAAAGUAAUCACCUGCCCUUCUCACCCAAGAGUGCCAAGACCCCAUUGCUUCCAGCUCACGUGAUGAAGGAUGUCAUCAAGGAGUGGGCCGUCAAGUAUCUCUCUGACUGCCAACUGUCAUUGGUCAAUGGCUCAGUCAUCACAUUGCCACCAUCAACAAGGUACAACACACCAUCCAUUGACAUCUGCUUCCAGUUCAACACACAGAGACCAUCAGAUCCGACUGCCAACAACAGGAUGGACAAGCGACCAGACUUUGUGUCUCAUCUUAACAGUACACUCACGAAUCGAAUCAAUGGAUUCGUUGAAGGUAGUGAGACAGAUGGCAACAACAAUGAGAACACAAACAAUGAAGAACCAAACAGGGGAAGGAAUACUGCUGGUGCAGCCUUCCAGCAGACAUAUGGACUGUUCAUGCUGGGCGCUGAUUCGUUGCUCUCGGACAACAUGACCAUUGGCAAACUGUACAAGGUCAACAAGUUGGAGGACUUUUUCGAGAUUGGUGACAUUCUACCGACAAGGGUUGGUGGCAUGGCAACCAAAAUCAAGCAGGCAGUGGAGUAUCUAUCACUUCUGCUCAGAGGCGACUACUCAAUCGUACGUGAUCAGCUGUACACCCCUGGUGUUGGUGGUGUCAUCAUUGCAGGACCUCAUGGUAGUGGCAAGAGCCUUCUUGCAACCGCCCUUUGUGCUCACUUUGCAACUAAUCCAAAGACCCUGGCAUAUGCUGUAAAGGUCAAUUGUUCGGAUCACAUUGAGAGCAAGGUGGUGACGAUCAGAAAGGUACUGAACAGAGCAGUCGAGAAGGUCAAGGCAUCUAGACCCUCAAUACUUUGGCUGGAGAACUUGGAUGCUAUACUGAGCAAUCCUAAUGAACAAGAUCCAGGCUCAAAGAUUAGAUGUGAACAAAUAUGUUCCUAUCUAAAAACAUUGGUUACGGUGGAUGCAGCUGAUCGUGAACAUCCCCUGAUCAUUAUUGCCACCACCAAGUCAACACAGUCACUUAACAAGGACAUCCAGACACCAGAUGUGUUUGGACUGAACAUAGACAUUCCUCCACCAACCAGGGAGGAGAGAUUAGAGAUACUGGAUAUCCAUUUGAAGUUGCACAAUCUGUCACUAUGCGAUAAGGAUCGAAAGGAGCAACAUCACUUGAACAAGUUCUCAUCGUCACUGGAGGGCUAUCUACCAGUUGACUUGGAGGCACUGGUUGAGAGAAGCAUUCACGUCGCAUCCAUAGAGUCACUGAACGAGAACACAACAACAAUCAAACAGAUCAAUCUGUCGGCAUUGCGUGACGCCAAAGAAGGAUACACACCAAUCACACUCAAGGGUGUAAAGCUGCACGUCUCUGAUGCUGCACAGUGGGCCGACAUUGGUGGAUUGGACAGCGUACGUUCAAUGGUGAAGGAGACCGUUGGAUACCCAGCUAAGUAUCCGAGACUGUUCCAAUCGUCACCGAUCAGAAUGAGGUCUGGUCUGCUGCUCUAUGGUCCACCUGGCUGUGGCAAGACUAUGUUGGCCUCAUCAAUCGCUGGAGAGUUUGGUCUCAACUUCAUCUCGGUUAAGGGUCCCGAGCUGCUCAACAAGUACAUUGGUUCGAGUGAACAAGCCGUGCGAGACAUGUUCACACGAGCAUCAUCUGCCACACCAUGCGUUCUGUUCUUUGAUGAGUUUGACUCGAUCGCACCUCGUCGUGGACAUGACAGCACUGGUGUCACUGAUCGUGUUGUCAACCAGUUCCUCACCGAACUGGAUGGUGUGGAGGGACUGCGCGGUGUCUAUGUGCUGGCUGCCACCAGUCGGCCAGACCUCAUCGAUCCGGCACUACUCAGACCAGGUCGUCUCGACAAAAGUCUGUACUGCAACAUACCAGAACAAAAUGAGCGAUUGGAGAUUCUGGAGAAGUUGGCCGCCAAGAUGAACAUUGACAAGAACGAGGUGUCUGCAUCAGAUCUUGCAGAGAGGACACCUGGAUACACUGGCGCAGACCUUCGAGCUCUCAUGUACAACGCACAGCUAAAGGCUAUCCAUGAGUUUAUGAAAGAGAAGGAGCUUCAGAAGCGACAAAGACAAGAAGAGAAUGCCAAGGAUGAAGAGGCAGUUGGAAAUACAUCCAUUGUCAUCUUCCAACCUGGAGAUGGAUCCGUUGAUGGAGUGGACAACCAACAGAUCACCUCCAAGCCAAUGACAGCUGAGGAGAAGAAUAUUUUAUUGAAAAAGAUCGAAGAGAUAAAGACUCAUCACCAAAAGUACACGCAGAAUGGCACGUCCGAUGUGACCAUCCAGAAGGCUAUCCAGGAGGACAAACCACCUCUUAUUGGUAAAAGACACUUUGAUGAGGCCUUUGAGGAUUCAACAGCAUCAGUGUCACCAUCAGAAAGGAAUAGAUAUGAAUCAAUAUACAAGAACUUCCUGAAGGAACGAGGCUCUGUCACUGGCACAAAGAAGGAGGGAAUGAAACAAACAUUGGCCUAG